CUUGGAUACUGGCACAACAGACAAUCAUCUACCGUAGCUCAAUAGCCACAAUCAAGCUUGAAACCAAGAGUGAAUGCCCAGACUUCUGUGAAUACAAAAGGAGACACCCCUCUUUCUCUCUCCAUUUAUUUUCUUCAACUUUUACCAUUCGAAAGCCAAGAAUAGCAGAUAGGCGCCGCGACUGUUUCACUUGGAGGCAUCGCCUACCACUCAAAGCUGAAUUGAAAAGCGCAUACCAAGCAAACGCAUUUGCCGCCAUCACCUGGAAUUUAAUUUUCUGGGCUAUUCUUACUAUUAAAGGUCCUGUUCCCACGUCUUUCGAGGUCAAUCAGGUCAAUCAACAACAUCAUACAUCAUGACGAGCGUCAUAGCAAAGUACAUCAGCAAGAGGGUUCUGGGAGAAUCUCUCCAGAAUAAUUUUGGUAAAGAGGACCCAUACUUCGAAACUGUACCCGCAACAAGACUAGAUGGUCGACCUUCGAGCAAGGGAAAGAAGAGGCGGAAGGCUUUACCUCCAGGAAUAUCAGAACACGAUGCAAAGAUUCUCACGAAAGUCAAAAGACGAGCCUACCGCCUGGACAUGAGUCUCUUCAAUUGCUGCGGAAUUAGAUUUGGAUGGAGUAGUGUUAUUGGUAUCAUCCCUGCGCACUCUUCUAGUAUUGGCGACGUCAUCGAUGCAUUCAUGGCUAUGAUGGUCUUACGAACUUGCCAACAAGUCGAAGGAGGUCUCCCUGCUGCUGUUAAGUCGAAGAUGAUGUUCAAUAUCGUCCUGGACUUUGGCAUUGGUCUCGUUCCUUUCCUCGGUGAUAUCGCAGACGCUCUCUUCCGUGCCAACACUCGAAAUGCAGUCGAACUUGAAAAGUACCUUCGUCAAAAGGGUGCUAAAGCUCUGAAAGCCCAAGGACAGAACGCACUUCCUCUUGAUCCGACCGACCCUGACGAAUUCGACCAAAUGAUGCGAGCGGAACACGGUCCACCGCCGCAAUAUACAACGGGACCGUCAAGACAAGGGACACAGGCAGGCCAUGGACGUUCGGAGCAGGCACCACCACAGCCAGCUAGACCGCAGCCAGCAGCGAACAAAGGAAGUGGUUGGUUAGGCAGGUCCAAGCAGUCAGAUGAAGAGCGCGGUCAAGGACCUUUGACCUCGUCUCCCAAUGAUGACCCUCGGAGGAACAAGUCGACUCUUCAGAAGAACAGAUAUUGAUAGUUCUGGCUCAAGAGUGAGAGGUUGACGAAAGUGUCGCUUUGCUCGUUGCCAAAGUCGCCUUUCGAUGAAAUUGCUUGUAUUCUUGUCUUGUAUUGGUGUCUCGGCUUUUUGCGACGGUCUCAUUAAGGAGAUACCCAUACGAUAGAUCAAUGCUACCGUAGUGUUAAACGAAGAUAAUAAGAACCACAAUUAUCGGCAAGUUCAGCGGUGUAGACCAGUCUGUGACAUGGAGAGCUCGUACUUACCUUACGAGAGAUGUAGGUCUGAGUUGUCAGACCAUUUCACCUACAUGCAAUUCCUAAACCAUAAGAGUGAGUCUGAAAUUCUGUUUGAUCCUGCCAGUACCAG